AUGUCCAACCUCGCAUCGCCUUCCAUCCGCAAGCUCGCCGCCGCCACAUGUCGGCCGGCCGCAGUGGCCGUGGGCACCCACUCACGACGUCUGCACUCUGCUCCCGUUCUUCCCACCUCGUCUUGCCCCGCCUUACCUCCUCCUCCUAACACAUCUCGUUGCGCUGCUUCUUCCGCUUCCCGCACAAAUGCAUGCACUGCGCGCGCGCGUACCUCCCCGCUCGACUGCGCGCCCGCUGCCCUCCGGAGCGCUGCGCUGUCGCCCCUUGCAUGGGGUGAGAAGGACGAGGGGGCGCGGCGGCAGCUGCGCGGUGGAGGGCGGAUCGUCGAGUGGCGAGGAGCGGAGCAAUGCGGGCGAGGGGACGGCGAGUGGCAGUGCGAGGUCGGGGCGGUUGGGAGAAGGAGGGCGCUGGCGGCAGGCGCAGGCGUGGCGGUGGGCGCGUGGGGCAGCGCGUGUGUAGCAGGCGGGCAACGCGAAGGUUUAGCGGAGGGGGUUUUGGGUCCGCUACCGGAGACGAUUCAUGCGAGCAUCGACGCGCAGCGGAUGGACCCGCACGGGCGAAUCAUCAUUGUAGGCGAUGUGCACGGCCUUCACCCUCCUCUCCGCCCUCCUCUCCGCCCUCCUCUCCGCCCUCCUUUCCGCCCUCCUCUCCGCCCUCUCUCCGGCCUCCAUGCGUCUCGUUCGCCUCCCUUGCUGCAUGCGGUGGCGCCUCCCCCCUGUGUGUGCGUGCUGGCACAGGGGCCGGACUCGCAUGCAGUGCUGCGCAUGGCGCGCAGGAUGGGCGCAGUGGCAGUGCGCGGCAACCACGAUGACAAGGCGCUCGCCGUUGCUGCCGCCGCCGCCACUGGCAAGUCGAAGCGGUGGCGCAACACCAAGUGGCCCAGUGACCUCUCGUCCACGGAUCUUGACUGGCUCCUCUCGCUGCCCUUCUCCAUCCGCAUUCCCUCCCACAACUGCCUCGUUGUGCACGCGGGCCUUGUGCCCGGCGUAUCUCUGCACCGCCAGCACCUCUCCCAUCUGCUCAACCUUCGCUUCAUCCGCCGCGUGCCUCUCGCUCCCAUUCCCCAGCACACCGCUCCCUGGGAGCCCACAGCCCGCACCCUCUCUGCACUCCUCGACUCUGGCAGCAGCAGCAGCAGCAGCAGCAGCGGUAGCAGCAGCAGCUGGAGCAGUGGCAGUGAGAGUGAGAGUGGCAGUGAGGGGGCGCAUGGGUGGCGGUGGCGCAUGGCGAACUGGGGGGCGCCACCAUGUGCAGGGGGCAUGGACUCAGGGCUCAGUGAGUGGGACGCACACGACUGGCUUGUGUCCGGGGGGGACAGCAGUAGCGGCGAGGGGGAGGAGGCCAAUGGGUGGGCGCGGGGGUGGGGUUGGGAGGCGUGCAAGGCUGCAGAUGAGGGCGCGGUGCUGUGGAGCCACGAGUGGCGCGGCAGGGAGCACGUGGUGUUCGGCCACGAUGCCCUCAGGGGCCUGCAGAGGACUCCCUGGGCGACAGGGCUUGACACGGGGUGUGUGUAUGGGGGGCGCCUCACAGCGUGUGUGCUGCCGUCGCUUGCACAGCUGCAGCAGCUGACGCACGCGCGUGCAGCAGAGCAGCGCAAGGAGGGGCACAAAGGUGCAGUGCGCGUGUGGCCCAUGCUGCAGAUUGUGUCUGUGGCGGCGCAGAGGCAGUACGCCGUUCCCAAAGUCAAGGGGCGCAAAUGA